AUGCCUUUGUGUGGGAUUUUCACUGCUCUUUUGUCAUGGCGAGCUCAUGUUGCUCAAACUCUCUCUCUCUCUCUCUCCGUCGCUUGUGCUGUCUGGCUCUUUGUCACGGGUCUCUGUGAGGUCCGAAGUCACCACCUCGACUUCAACAGCUUCCUGCACCGUCGCUUUGCAGGCCAGCGCUUCGUGGAGGUCCGUGGCGAGCCUGGCUGCUUUGUUGCCUUCUCCUAUGCCACUUGCAAAGAGGUGAUGAAUGACCACUUGUGCUUCAGUUCGAACCCUUUCCCAGAUGACCGGCUAGUGGCACUCAACACGAUGGCUAAGGCUGACCAUUCGCGCGUUCUGCGUUACGUCCACAAACACUACACACAGGAUGAGGUUCAAAGCAUCGAAGAUCAGAUUCGGAAGGUCGUCGCCAUGCAUACAGAGGAGCUAUCGGCUGGCCAGGUGGAUGUCGUACGAUGGGCCAAGCGCAUUCACAUGUCGAGCACGCUCAUCCGCUUGGGCUUGGACUUGGCAAGCUAUGGAUCCAAUGCCUUGGACGAGGUGAUCGAACUCAACGAUGCCAUGGUUGCCUUAGUGGCACCACUUGGAGGAGUAGGGCCAAAGUAUGCCUCGCUGCCAUGGCAUUGGUGGGUGUGGGUGCUCAUAGGUUUGGUGCGAAGCUUCCUUCCCGUCCUGUCCAUGGCGUUGAACUUGGGAAUUGUUGACCUUGUUUUUUUCCGGCCAUGGGCAUGCAGGAGAGGUUCAGAACUUUAG